GGUUUUAUCUCAUCUGUUUAGGAAAUUCUGAAAAAAAAAACCAGAAAAUUGAGCAAUUUUCUUCCGAAAUUUGUAUUCUAACGUUUGAAAAUUCAGUUCGAGUGUGUUUAGGGUAUCGCUGUUCGACUGGAGGAUCCUUCUAUCAUUGAAUUAUCAAGCUGAGAAUUUCAUCUUUUUGGACCGAUUUGGGACCUCAAAGCAGCGUUAACAGGCCACCAUCGAUGCAUAUUUUUAUUCUCCAGUCGUCUAUCUAUUCACAGAUGUGAAAAUUUCUACGAUUCCGACUCCUGAAAAGUAGGAAUCAAACGACAAAAUUCCAAAAUGGUCUGGCAAGUACAAGACACCGUAAAACUAAUAAAUUUAUAUCGCACUGUACCCGAACUAUGGAACCCAGACCACGCAGACUAUAAGAACAAAACAGCCAGACGAGCAGCUCUGACCAAACUAGCCGAAGGAUUAGACCUAUCGACGACCGAAAUCGAGAAAAAACUACGCGGUUUACGAACCCAAUUCGCUCGAGAACACUUACGAGAAUCAUCGGGCCAGAAAUCAGUCUGGUUCGGUUACCAAUCUCUGUUGUUUUUAGCCAAAGGUCGAAAAUGUAUCUUUAUGGAUGAUUCUCAAACUGAAUCUUGGGAAUACGACAAUAUCGACGCUGAAAUCGUAGAAUUCGUUACUCCCGAAGAAAACGACGUAGGGAGUACGGUUUCAUCGAAUGAGGAUAAAGUACGAAUCGUAAAUCCCGAAUAUUUCAACUCAGCUGGCUCGAAAAGAUCGGCUGAUGUUGGCCAGAUCGAAAGUUACAAAAAAUACAAACGAUCUGCGUCGUCGAGUUUCGAACAGACGUCUGAACUUAGCGACGAAUACGCGUCGUUCGCUAAUUGCGUCGUGCAUAAGUUACGAAAUAUCAAAAGCGCUCGAUCCAGAUCUAUCGCCCAGUAUUAUAUUAAUUCUAUUCUGUUUCAAGCUGAAAUGACCAAUUACGACGAAGAAUACGAGUUGGAGCUUCCUAAAGAUUUCCAUCUGUUUCGUAAAGCUCGAAAUACAGAAUAAAACGUAUUUUCGCCUUACGUAUUUUAUUCUGUAGUUUUUUCGAGUUACGAAUCGAAAUUCUAACUUGACUGCUUCGAAGAAGCAAAAAUAUACGUUGACUUACUUGAAAUUUAACGUAAAGAACUGAAAAUGAUCGUCGAGUCGAAAUACCAUAAUUUUACAUUUCUUCGGUACUGAAUUCUCGUUAAGCUUCGGUCACGUGGAUUAUUGAACUGAAAUCAAAGCAACAAAACUAUUAUGCUACGGUUUCGUCGAUGUAUAAGGUGAAAAUCUCCAUAAUACCGCAUCCUCUUCAUCGAAACAAAUCAACUGGCAAGAUAAAAAUGAUCGUAGAAUAGUUGAAUUGAAAUUUUGUACGUUAUUUUGUAAUUAAUAAAAUGUAAUAGAGUGAAUUGUACAAAA